UUUGACAAUGUUUAGGCGGUAUGCCUACUAAGGCCAAGCUGGCCGGCCGUUCGUCUGGUGGGUGUUUUGUGCUCUUUUUUCAAAUCAAGUCACCAUCGUCAUUGUUAUUGCUAUAUUCGACGACGGUAUGCCUCUUUGCUUUCCGCCUCUUGCUUCUCGCCUCUCGCCGUGUCUCUCUCUCUCUCUCUCUCUUGGUCCAAAUCCAGAUUGCUUUAUGAUGGUUUACUUUUUUUCCCUUUUUCUUUGUGAUUGUGUUCGCACUCAUCUUGGGGGGGUUUACAUUUUCACAGUAUUUUAUGCUUCGAGGUAUAGUUCAUGUUUCAUGUUUCAUGUUUCUCAUGCUUCUCAUGCUUUUUUAAUUUGCAAGAGUCCAACGGACAAGAGAAAAAGCGUGGAAAGCGUUAGGGGGGAGAAAGGAUUCAGAAAAUCCAGAAAGGGCGAUAGAGAGAGGGAGAGGCACUUUGUGAGCCGUAAGAUGUAAAUCUUGACAUUAUACAGAUGCGGAAACCCUUACUGUAUGGGUAUGAGAAGCAUGUGAAAGAAGAGAAAAAGGUAGACAAUAAUCGCUUGGACUCA